GGGGGCGAGGAGGCCGGUUUCGGUUCCUGGUGGCUGGGAUGGCGGCGGCGGCGGCGCCGCUGCUGGUGAAGCUGGUGCUGGCCGGGGAGUCGAGUGUGGGGAAGACCUCGGUGCUGCGCGCCUACGCCGAGCCCGGCCCGCGCCCCGCCGCCUCCUACCUGCCCACCGUGGGUAUUGAUUUUAAAGUAAAAACAAUAACGUUCGAUGAUACAACAGUGAAACUUCAAAUAUGGGAUACUGCUGGUCAAGAACAAUUCCACACGCUUAGCACUAGUUAUUUCCGUGGGGCACAAGGGUUUGUUCUUGUCUAUGACAUCACAAAUUCAGACAGCUUUCAAAGCAUCACAAACUGGAUAAAUGAAAUACAUCAGAAAGCAGAUGACGAGGUGGAAAUAAUACUGUUGGGUAAUAAGUGUGAUAAGGAGACAGAACGUGUAAUCCCAAAACAAAAAGGGGAAAAGCUUGCUUGGGAACAUGGAAUACCAUUUUUUGAGACCAGUGCUAAAGACAACAUAAACAUUGAGGAUGCAUUUUCAUUGUUGGCCGAAGAGAUACUAAACAAGAAAACCUAUGUAUUGCGUGACUUGGAUGUGGUAGAUCUAAAUGGAAGUAAGAAAAAGCGUACUUGCUGCAAACAAUGAAAUUUCACCUGCACUUCUCUGGCUUACUUCAGAAUAUAUUAACUACUGUAAGAAAAUACAGAUGUUAAAAUG